CGGGCCGCUGUUUGUUGUCAUCCCAAGAUGGAGUUUCUGCUGGGGAACCCGUUCAGCACCCCGGUGGGGCAGAGCCUCGAAAAGGCCACAGAUGGCUCACUGCAGAGUGAAGACUGGACACUCAACAUGGAGAUCUGUGACAUUAUCAAUGAGACAGAAGAAGGACCAAAGGAUGCCAUUCGAGCACUGAAGAAGAGGUUGAAUGGAAACAAAAAUUACAGAGAGGUCAUGCUGGCACUGACGGUGUUGGAGACCUGUGUGAAGAACUGUGGCCAUCGCUUUCAUGUCUUGGUGGCAAACCGUGACUUCAUAGACGGCGUUCUGGUGAAAAUCAUCUCACCCAAGAAUAAUCCCCCCACCAUUGUACAGGACAAAGUGCUAGCACUGAUCCAGGCUUGGGCUGAUGCCUUUCGAAGUAGCCCUGAUUUAACUGGAGUAGUGCAUAUUUAUGAAGAACUCAAGAGGAAAGGCAUAGAGUUUCCCAUGGCAGAUCUUGAUGCUCUGUCUCCAAUACACACACCACAGAGGAGUGUUCCUGAAGUCGAUCCUGCAGCAAAUAUGCACAAUUCACAGUCCCAGCAGAGGAUGAGCACCAGUUCUUACUCCUCAUCUUCUCCAACGGCGUAUUCUGCUCCUCAGGCCCCAGCUCUGAAUGUGACUGGUCCCAUCACUGCUAAUUCUGAACAGAUUGCUCGGCUGCGCAGUGAACUGGAUAUUGUCCGUGGGAAUACAAAAGUGAUGUCUGAAAUGCUGACAGAAAUGGUACCUGGACAAGAGGACUCCUCAGACCUUGAAUUACUUCAGGAACUGAACCGGACCUGUAGAGCCAUGCAGCAGAGAAUUGUGGAGCUUAUCUCAAGAGUGUCCAAUGAAGAAGUCACAGAGGAGCUGCUGCAUGUGAAUGAUGACUUAAAUAACGUCUUCCUCCGAUACGAAAGAUUUGAACGGUACAGAUCAGGACGUUCAGCACAAAAUGCCAGCAACGGAGUACUGAAUGAGGUGACAGAAGAUAAUUUAAUAGAUUUGGGUCCUGGCUCUCCAGCUGUAGUGAGCCCAAUGGUUGGAAACUCAGCACCCCAGUCUUCACUAUCUUCACAGCUUGCAGGGCUUGACUUGGGUACAAACAACGUCAGUGGCUCCCUCAGCUCUUUACAACACUGUAAUCCUCGUGAUGACUUUGACAUGUUUGCACAGACAAGAGGCAGUUCCUUGGCUGAACAACGAAAGAAUGUGACGUACGAGGAUCCACAGGCUGUCAAAGGACUGGCAUCUGCCCUGGAUGUUCGAAAACAGAACACAGGAGGGAGGAGAGGUAAAGGUGGGAACUCAGACAUGGAGCCCAUAGACAAGUGGCUAAUUACACAAGGAAUGAUCCCUGUUGCACAGUCCUCUGUCAUGGAUGACAUUGAGGAGUGGCUCAGUACCGACUUGAAAGGAGAUGAAGUGGAAGAAGGAGUGACCAGUGAAGAGUUUGACAAAUUUCUAGAAGAGCGAGCCAAAGCAGCAGAGAUGGUUCCCAACCUGCCAUCCCCUCCCGUGGAAGCCCCCAGCCCUGCGACAAACCCUUCCGGCAGGAAAAAGCAGGAGCGCCCGGAGGAUGCCCUCUUUGCACUGUGAAGAUCGCUCUUAGCCGCAGCUCCGCGGGCAAACGUCGCUGUGCGGCCACUUUGUCCUCCCACACUACUUGGCUAACAACGACCCUCCCCCUUCCUCCUCAACUUCAUAGAUGGCUUCUCCUUCCCCCUCCCCAAGUCUUCCCCAAACAAUCCACUACUCCCACAGGCUCUGAUUCUUUCUGUUUCAGUCCAACACUGUUCCUGCCAGACCACGAUUCUCCAGCACUCGCUUAAUCCCCUCCUUCCUAUCCCAGCUGCACAAAACCAGCUCUCGAUGCCGAAAACCCCUUUAGAAUGCAUGAGUACGUCACACCACCCUGAGACAAAAGCCCAGAGGGGAGAGAGAGCAGCCUUGCCCUUCAGUUUAUGUAGGGAUCAUCCUCUUCUGUAGGCAGGUCCUGCCAAGUAGACUGCUCUGUCGAUCAGCAUGUAAUUGACUGAGCUGGAAUGUUCGGGAGGAGCGUGUCUUUAUUUUUAGCUGAAAUGGUAAUGUAUUGGCUUUCAUGUCAGAUUCGACAGCAAGGAACAACUGUUCCCCUUUCAACAUGUGCUUCACAACUUAAAAUCCUUUACUCUCACACUCACACAUCUCCCAGUACCAUAUGGUGGUCGCUGCCCCCCCCCCCCCCCGACACUUCAUGUUCCAAAGCUCACAGGGUAUUUUUUUCCUUGUGUUUUAUCUGGGCUUGCUCUCAUUUAAAGCAGUCUGUGGGCCAUGUCCAGUAGCUCUGGCAGUUGAGGAGAAUGAGGAACAUGAAGCUAAAUUGAUGCUGUAACGUUAGUGCAUGAAGCAUUUUGCUCUUUGGGAGAGCAUUCACACAUGAGGACUUUUUUCUAGCGUGGUUGCCUUUUAAAAUAGCUGGGUUAUUUUUUCCUUACCUUGGAUUCCUUCUUCAGUGACUGCAGAGCUCUGCGUUUGUCUCAGCUGGUGUCAGUAAUAUCCAUGCAGAUGGAUGGGACUUGCUCAGGGACUGGGUGUGAACUGAGAUUCCUGGAUUCCCUGCCAUGCUGGGUAGGAUAGACGUGCUGGCUCCUGGUGGUAGGUGUGAGUUAAAAAAAGGCAGACCUCACAAAGGCUUGUACGAGAUGCUGGGGGAGAUGGCUACCAUGGAGGGAUUAGCCCUGCCUGCUUGUGCUGGAGGUGAAACUCCUCAUUUCUUUCUGGGUUUGGGCCUGAGAAAGUGAUGGUUGUGGCUGUGCUGUUUGUCAUUUUUGGAGCAUCCUCUGAUACCUCUGCCCCUUUAGUAACUCCCAGGUCCUUCGGGUCUGCAGCCUCCCUUCUGCCUGUGCCAACAAGCGUAUUCCUUUGCUUGCCAGAGGCAUGGCUGAGAGUGCUGCUCUUCCCGGAGCUGCCAGAAGGGAUUGCAGCAUGCAUGCCUGCCUGGCUGGGCUGAGAUGCAGAGCUGGAGCAGGCAGCUCCAGCCAUCACUGCAUUCCCCAGCCUGUUCCUUGGUAGGAAGCCAGUGGUGCAAGAUGGCAGGAUCAAAAAGAGUGCUAAACACUGCACGGCAGGGAGAAUCUCUUCUCCUGACAGAGAGGCACUUGAUCAGAUGAAAGCCCAGGCAGGCAGCAGCACUCCAGCCCCUCUUCCUCAGAGUGCUCAUUGUCUUGGACUAGCAUCCACUUGGUUCUGACUUGGCAUGGCUGAGCUUCCUGGGAUGAUGGUGCAUGUUGAGCUCUCUCAGAAGUUGUUCUGGACUGAGGACCAACUGCUGAUGGGAAGGCAACCAAAACUCUAAUCUCUGCAUAGUUAUUAGCUUCCUAGGGUCCACCACACUUUGGUAGGCUGCAACACAUAAAACCUGUUACCAAAUGGCCCAGUGGCAGCACUGGUGGUCUUUGAGAAGAGGCCAUGGUCAUCUUCAGUGUUGUUUGGUGCAGGAUUUCCAGACUGUUCCAGUUCAGAUCUUGCUCUGUGCUGUCUCUGCUGAUCCUCUCCUUUGUCCUGCUCUGCCUGCAUCCUCUUCUGGCAUCCCUCCAUGUGUAGCUGGGCCCUGGCCAUGCUGCUCUGCCACCCCUCAGCACUGCUUUGGUAUCUCAUCACUGCUCCAUAGCUCACCACAUGGCUUGCAAGUGGCUGGGGAAAAUCAGUGUAAGGCUGGAGAUAAAUUAGGAUGGAUCAAGCUGCCUCUUCUCCCCACUUGCUGACCCUGUCUCCUUCUGAGCCCCUUCCAUGUGGGUCUGCAGAGGGUUUCUCUCCAUUUCAUCUUCUCUGUGGCUAAUGACAAGUCUGCCUUGGCUGCACAUACAUGCUCCUGCUCUCACCCACUGCACUCCCUCCUUAACACAAGGUGAGCCCAAUGCUCAGGCGCUGGCUCCCAGGCACCCUGCUGCCAGCUCCUGCCUUGCUGCAACAGGUCAGAUGUGGCCACCAGCUCCCAGAAACCUGAGGAAACUUCUAUCAUGAUGCCAAUUUGAUUUGAGACAGUGUCUGGUGGUUGCCUGGGCAGUGUUGCUAGCACAGAGUGAAUUGUUGGUAUUCCUGUCAGUGCAAAAAGCUCCAUGGGUGUUUUAAGUGUGUAUUUUCUCUCCUAAAUCCUUGAAACACAUUGACCCUGUAAAUGGCCGCAUCAGGUGAUUCUAAGCAUGCUAAUCCAGCUUCCCUGCCGAGCCAGAGGAGAUAAUCGCAUUGCUCAGGCUUGGGGACAUUGUCAAAUGAUGGUGAGUGGCAAGGAUAGCACUGGGCAGUCACCAAGCCCCCUUGCAGAGCCUCACUGCUGUGGAUUUGCUGGUCCUUCUUCCCCCACCCCGAAGCAAAAAGAGGUUUGGGGGUUGUGUGCUGUUAAUGCUGCUUCUUUCUGUCAUGCUAAAUCUGUCCUGGGACUUCCAAGUUGUUGCUGUAGAGAGAAUCAGGUCCCCUUCUGGAAGAUCUCAUGGAGCUGUCAGUGACUGCUCCCUCCAGCCUGGGAGGAAAAGAGAUGAAACAAAAUGUCUGGGGCUGAGGGGAGAUGAGGAGCUUGCAUUGGCACAACUCAAGAGUCUGUUUUCUGUGCUUGCAACCUCAGGCACCCCACAGUCCUCACUGACACCCCAUGUUCUCUGCUGGAAUGCAAGGGCACUGUUUGCAGGGGGUGGCAGGUGUCUUGGCUGGAAGUAGGGCUGCACUCAGGAGAUGCACAUCUUGGGUGAUGUCUGCUCAGCCUGGGGCUAAACAUCCUUGUGCUGGGAGCCUCGAUGGGUCUGGUUAAAGCACAGCCUUGCCGUGAGUUCAGUUUGGAGCCUGAAUCCAGCAGGCCUGGCUGUCAGGGGCUGGAGGCAGCAAAGGGGACAGAGCACGUGGCAGAACAGUGGUAGCUUAGCCCAAACCUUCUUUAACAAACGUUAGAGCUAUGCUGGAGCUUCCUUAUGUCCUGUAUCAGGAUCUCUCCUCUUCCCCAUCCUCUUGUGGGCUGCAGAAAAGCUGUUGGAGGGAAAGAGAAGGGGUUUUUCACUUCAAAGACCAACCUCUUGAUUUACUCUUCCUUCGCUUUCACUCUUAAGUGCUUCCUCCGUGCAAGUGAGCAGAGGCCUUGGGUGGCUGCGACGCUUGCGAGAAGAGGGACAGAGCCGCAGCCUGCUCCGCUUCCCGUCAGCCACAUCCCGGCGCUGUCUAGGCGUAGUAGGAAUCACAGCUUGACACUCAACGACACUAAAUUAUUAUGGAGGUCCUUUGUGCGUUCUAAUCAUACCCUUCUCUAGGUUCAAUUAUUUAUUUUUUUUGUCAAUACUGUUUUUUUUCCCCUUUCCAGUGUGUUUUUUAACCUCUUCUGUUAACCCAUCCUGUGCUGAGGUGUAAGAAAUGAAAUGGUUUCUAUUUAAAUACGUCCUCGGGGUUUUGGGGGUUGGGGGGGUUGUUUUUGUUUCAUUGUCACGUGUAGAUUCCAGCUGCAUCUUUGGCAGGUGUAGUAGCAAACAAUGUGCUGUACAGACAUUUAGGGUGUUUAGUAUGUAGGUGAGGCUCAUAGGAGAAUCGCUCAUAAAAGCGUAGCGCGGUGUCUCUUAAAGGGAACAGCAGAAAUGCAGAGACUGGUCCUUACUGGGACCCUCUGUGUAGCCUCCCAGAUACCUUUCCCCUUCCGAUGAUCACAGCCUCUCUCUCUGGAAAGUGCUGAUCAAAACAGCUCUGCCCAUUUUCAGAGCUAGUUUUACACCUCCGAGCUGAAGAAAGGGUUUAGUGGGAGUUUUCCCUUCGUUUGGCUUUUUUUAUUAUGGGGUGCACUGACUGUUUCCACCUCUAACUGGAGGGCUCUGCAGAGCUGGCUGUGUUGGCGAGAUGUUUCCCUCCAGGGGUGGAAGAACAGAUGCAGGCAGUGGUUUCGGAUCCGGAGCAAGGGUGAUGGUCCCCUUCAUAAGCUGCUGCAGGAUCUGGGUCAACGCUCCCCCGGCCAACCCAGCCUGUUCCUGUUCCUCCCUAUUCAAUGCUCUCCUGCUUUCCCCCAUGAGGACAGGACAUGCAGACCAGGAGAGCAAACACAGCAGUGUUUCCAACAGUCUUUUUCAUCUGAUGACUUGCUCAGUCUCUUGUGGCUGCUAAGAGUCCUGUAGUAGAGUGGGAACUGGUUGUGCUAUCUCCAUCCCUAGCCCAGCCUCAUCCAGCUCAGUCAUUGUUUACCUCCAGAAUGCCAACCACAAGGCUUGGGGAGCCUACCCUGGAAAAAAACCAAAACAGCUCAGGACAAUUAUUUUUGUGGAAAUAAUGAAGCAGGCAAUCAGUGAGUGGAUUUAUGGCCUUUUUGGAGGUAACUCUUCAGCCACCCACCCUUGCGAGGAGAAGAGGUACAAAUCCCCUUGCCAGGUGCCCAGAGGCUUUGCUGGUGCCCACACAGCACCUUCCCACUCAUCCCUUUCAAACUGCAGCCUCCAGAGUAGGCUGUGCUUGCCUGCUCCAUCCUCAGGCUGCCAGCCCCAGCCUCCCCAUACCAUGCCCCAGGUUUCUUUCCCAUCCUGGGGAGAGGUGAGGUGGUUUUUCCACGCAGAGCCAGCUGGGAGCUCUGGUGCUGGUUCUCUUUAGCCCGUGGCAAAGCUAUGCCAACCAUCCCACCCUGCUCUGUGUUUUUAUGAGUACAAGCUCCUCACUCUGUACAUGUUACAAUGAGCUGUCGUUAACCCUACAAAUGUAACCCCUGUAAGAGCUUCUCUGUAUAUUACAGCUGUAGGCUUUCCAGAUCAAAGUGGAUAAUAUUUAUUUACUGAAGAUAUUGGAUAUUUUUUUGUUUGGGAAUGGGGUAGGGUGAGAAGGGGGACAUAACUGUUUAAAGAGAUUGAUUAUGUAAAGAGAAACAAAAUACACCAAAAGCAGAGAAACUCAACACUAAAACGUUGCUGUAUUCAUGUAGAAAGUGUUUACCUUAAGGACAAGACAACUGUAUUAAUCUGCCAUUGUUUAACUUGCUCCAGAAAUCAUCUCUACUUUGGUUCCUGCAUGUGAGAUACUCCAAUAAAGACACUACUAGUGUGACCUGGAAAA